GCGCCUUUAACUGCGGGGGGUGACGGUGCGUGCUGACGCGCAGGCAAGGUCCUGUGACUGCAGUGCGCUGCUAGUGGACAUCGUGCCCAGGCAGUAGUGAUCUCCAAUUAAAAGCGACGCUGUUGUGUUUUGCAGCGCGAGUGAAGUGGACCGAGGCGAUAUUUACCUUUUCAUUUGAAAUAGAGGGAUCCAAACACAGUUCGUUUACAGGUUAGGUUUUUUUGCACGAAAAAACUCGUGACUUGAAAUUCAAGCGGACGAAGCUGAGGCUGGAUGUGCAAGUGAAGGAAAACGAACACGUCUUGGAAAAGCAAGCGUCUGUUUCAGCUUCAGGUAAUGCUAUUCAAACACCUCGGCAAUUAUAAAGCCCUCGGUCGGUAAUUCCUGCUCCUGAGCCGUGUGCCCGGCCCUUAAAUCAAACGCGUUAGUAAGAUACAGCCCGGCUGUGCUUGCUGCUCGCCGGUUCUUCUGUCUGCACGCAGCCGGAUUGCACAGCGCUGAUGGACUCCACGAUGACCGCUCUCGUUCUGCUGGCUGUCGUCACUGCGGCGCGGGCAGGUGGCAGCAGACCCUGUGUGGCGCGCAGUUUUGGGGACAGCUCUGUGGUUUGUGUGUGUAACUCCACCUACUGUGACUCCCCCGGGCCGCUGGAGCUGCCCAGCAGGGGGCACUACGUGUCCUUCCAGAGCAGCCAGGCAGGGGCUCGACUGGAUAGGCAGACUGGAGAGGUGCAGAAGACCAGCAAAGACCAGGUUCUCAAGCUCGGUUUCAACACUGCGAAGCGGCACCAGCGCAUUAAGGGGUUUGGGGGCGCGAUGACCGAUGCAGCUGCAAUAAACAUCUUGUCCCUGUCUGUCAGUACGCAGGACAACCUGCUGGGGGCGUACUUCUCUGAGCAGGGUAUUCAGUACACUGUGGUUCGUGUUCCCAUGGCGAGCUGUGAUUUCUCCACUCGUGUUUACACCUACGCAGACACGCCCGGAGACUUCGAGCUCAAGAACUUCAGCCUGGCGGAAGAGGACACCAAGAUGAAGAUCCCUCUGCUCCUGCGAGCCCAGGGUCUCUCGCCUCGCCCCCUCUCUCUCUUCGCCAGCCCCUGGAGCGCCCCCUCCUGGAUGAAGACCAACGACGCGCUGAUCGGCAAGGGGAGCCUUCAGGGGGAGCCGGGGAACGAGUAUCACAAAGCCUGGGCACAGUACUACAUCAGGUUCCUGGGCGAGUAUGCCCGCUAUAACCUCUCGUUCUGGGCAGUGACUGCUCAGAACGAGCCCUCGGCCGGGUUGAUCACCGAUUACCCCUUCCAGUGCCUGGGCUUCACCGCGGAGCGCCAGCGUGACUUCAUCGCCCUGGACCUGGGGCCGGCUCUGAGCUCCAGCCCGCACCGCGCCGUCCAGCUCAUCAUCUUGGAUGACCAGAGGCUGCUGCUGCCUCGCUGGGCCCACGUGGUGCUCGGUGACCCCCGCGCUGCUCGCUAUGUUCACGGGAUCGCAGUGCACUGGUACCUGGACUCUGUAACCCCCGCGCAACUCACUCUGGGGGCCACGCACAGCCUGUACCCCGACUACUUCCUGUUUGCGAGCGAGGCGUGCGCAGGCUCCUUCCCCGGGGAGAAGGGGGUGCGGCUAGGCAGCUGGGACCGGGCCGAGCGCUACGCCCAUGACAUCAUCGAGGAUCUGAACCACUUUGUGACGGGCUGGACUGACUGGAACCUGGCUCUGAAUCUCUCUGGCGGGCCCAACUGGGUUCAGAACUUUGUGGACAGCCCGGUGAUUGUGGACCCGGAUAAAGAUGAGUUCUACAAGCAGCCCAUGUUCUACAGCCUGGCUCACUUCAGCAAAUUCCUUCCUGAGGGGUCCCAGCGCGUGGGACUGGACCCCAGUGCAGAGUCCAAACUGGAGACCACGGCGUUCCUGAGGCCAGAUGGGGAGGGCGUGGUCAUAGUGCUCAAUAGGGGCUCGGAGGCUGUGCUCUUUGAGAUCUGGGACCCUGCUGUGGGUUACAUUGAGGGCGUCUCUCCCUCUCAUUCCAUCAAGACUUUCCUGUGGAAACGGCAGUGAGGACGAGAUAGUCUUCCGUCUCGCUUCUACCUGAAUUCAGGCUGCAAAACGCUUAAACAGUAACUAUAGCAACCAGAGAGGGGGGGCAGUUUACCAUGCUUUUCAGAGGAGCGCUUGUCUCAUCACCACUCUGCAUUUUAACUGCUGCGAUUGACCCCUUGUGAAAAUCAGCGUCUACAAUUUGAAAGAAAUCUUGGAGAUGAACAGUUAAAUGGAGUUGGAGCUGGUCAUGUUUAAACACGCAGGCUGCUGUGCAAUCACAGACUCUCUUCAAUGGAGGUGCAUGCCAGGGCGCGGGGGGCGGACAGAUUCUACAGAAGGAUGGAGGUGGCUGGCUUCCACACAGCUGGACCGUAGAGAAGAGGAGACUCUGCUGCCCUCCUCCUUCUCUCUCCGUGGAGCGCUAGCUGCGAUUUUGAACUGCCUCUGCUGAAGUGCAAUCUGAAACAGCCUGUGAUUAAAUGCAAGCCCCUCACAGCUCUGUAAUUUUCACUUUUUGUUUUAUUUAAUCACUAGACCAGUGCUGUGCUUUUCUGUCCUUUGUGUUGGAAGCAUGUUUUGCCUCAGUGAUUUCAAAGUGUGUGAAAUCCAUGUAAUAAAAUCUCAAUUCAUUCUCA